ACAGAAAAAAAAUCACAACUUGUUCUCAACUUAUGGAAUGAGAUUCAAAUAUUAAGAGAGGAAAACAUUGCAGUCCGUAUCGCUUUAUUGGGCAAUCUUAAUACUUUCGGCACAUCACUUACUCAAUACGUGAGAGUACAAGAAGAGUUAAAUGAAGGUGUAAAACUGCCCGCACGUCGCAGAGGAGAAAAUAUAACUAUGAAUGUAAAAAAAAUCAGGGUGAAUGGUCAGGAUUCACAAUUAGACAAUAACAAUGAAGAAG